CCCCAGCCCGCGCCGCCGCGAUGGCGGAGGACAGCGAGUCCGCGGCCAGCCAGCAGAGCCUGGAGCUGGACGACCAGGACACGUGCGGGAUCGACGGGGACAAUGAGGAGGAGACGGAGCACACCAAGGGAAGUCCCGGAGGUGAUUUGGGUGCCAAAAAGAAAAAGAAGAAACAGAAGAGAAAAAAGGAGAAACCGAAUUCCGGAGGCACCAAGUCAGACUCGGCAUCUGAUUCCCAGGAGAUUAAAAUUCAGCCGCCUUCAAAAAAUCCCACCAUUCCAAUGCAGAAGUUGCAGGAUAUCCAGAGGGCAAUGGAGCUGUUAUCCGCAUGCCAGGGCCCCGCCAGGAACAUUGAUGAGGCUGCCAAACACAGAUACCAGUUUUGGGACACGCAGCCGGUACCCAAACUAAAUGAAGUAAUAACAUCUCAUGGCGCAAUUGAAGCUGAUAAAGAAAACGUGCGUCAAGAACCGUAUUCCCUGCCGCAGGGCUUUAUGUGGGACACUUUAGAUUUGGGUAACGCCGAAGUGCUCAGGGAGCUGUACACGCUGCUGAAUGAGAACUACGUGGAAGACGACGACAACAUGUUCCGGUUUGACUAUUCGCCCGAGUUCCUGCUGUGGGCUCUGCGUCCCCCAGGCUGGCUCCUGCAGUGGCACUGUGGAGUCAGGGUGUCUUCGAACAAAAAACUCGUGGGGUUCAUCAGCGCCAUUCCCGCGAACAUUCGGAUCUACGACAGCGUGAAGAAGAUGGUCGAAAUCAACUUUCUUUGUGUUCAUAAGAAAUUGAGAUCAAAACGGGUAGCCCCAGUGUUGAUUCGAGAAAUAACCAGAAGAGUGAACCUGGAAGGGAUUUUCCAGGCCGUUUAUACUGCUGGAGUGGUUCUUCCGAAGCCAGUGGCCACAUGCAGAUACUGGCAUCGAUCACUAAACCCCAGAAAAUUGGUAGAAGUGAAAUUUUCUCACUUGAGUAGAAAUAUGACUUUGCAGAGAACAAUGAAGCUGUACAGACUUCCGGAUGUUACAAAAACUUCAGGCUUGAGGCCAAUGGAACCAAGAGAUAUCAAAGCUGUUCAAGAACUAACCAACAGUUACCUGAAGCAGUUUCAUCUAGCCCCGGUGAUGGAUGAAGAGGAAGUAGCCCACUGGUUCCUCCCCCAAGAGCACAUCAUUGACACUUUUGUAGUGGAGAACUCCAGUGGUAAACUAACUGACUUCCUGAGCUUCUACACGCUCCCCUCCACAGUCAUGCAUCACCCCGCUCACAAGAGCCUCAAAGCCGCCUACUCCUUCUACAAUAUCCACACAGAGACGCCACUGCUGGACCUCAUGAACGACGCGCUUAUCAUCGCCAAGCUGAAAGGAUUUGAUGUAUUCAAUGCGCUAGAUUUGAUGGAAAAUAAGACAUUCUUGGAAAAACUCAAGUUUGGCAUAGGCGAUGGCAAUUUACAGUAUUACUUGUACAACUGGAGGUGUCCAGGGACAGAGUCCGAAAAAGUUGGACUCGUAUUACAGUAGAUGGAUAUUUCUAUUUCUAGAACUCUGAUGUCAUCAUUUGUUAAUAUCCUAGUUAAUGAUUCCUGGAACUGCCAUUCCAAAGAAUAAAAGCACAACCUAAGUGACGUCGAAGUGUCAGUAACAGAAAAGAUGGAAAAACAUCCAUUGGUGACCAAUAGAACACAUUUCUAGCUAGAAUGUUAACAUUCAUCCUUUUUUUCACUGUUGACCCAUUUGUAGGAGGGAUGGAAGGAGGAUACAAAGAGCACAUUCCUCUAAUUUUCAACCUUCUGACUGUCUGUCUAUGAAGAGAAGGUACUGGUCCCUCUCUAGAAAAAUGGACCGCUUUUCUAUGGAUUGAACAGAAAUCACAGAAUCAUGUAAGAAAAUCUUUGCCAUUGUGUGGAGAUAAACUGCUGCCUUUCUGUUUAUUAAGUGGGGGUCUGUGGGUCCAUGUAGCAGAAUGAGGGAGCCAUUUGGAAAGGGUUUACUUAUGUCACUGCACAUGAUCUCAUCGGGAACACCUAUGGAGCCAGCAUUUCUGUAACGCAGUGAUGAGCGGUGGGUGCUAAAGUGAAGAGUGAGAUAAAAACGUGCUGGUUGGGGGCUUCCCUGGUGGCGCAGUGGUUGAGAAUCUGCCUGCCAAUGCCGGGGACACGGGUUCGAGCCCUGGUCUGGGAAGAUCCCACAUGCCGCGGAGCAACUAGGCCCGUGAGCCACAACUACUACUGAGCCUGCGCGUCUGGAGCCUGUGCUCCGCAACAAGAGAGGCCGCGAUGGUGAGAGGCCCGCGCACCGCGAUGAAGAGUGGCCCCCGCUUGCCGCAACUGGAGAAAGCCCUCGCACAGAAACGAAGACCCAACACAGCCAAAAAUAAAUAUAAAAAUAAAUUAAUUAAUUAAAAAAAAAAAAAGAUAGGCCUAGAGCUACAGAAAUUAAAAAAAAAAAAAAAGUACUGGUUGACUAUUUCUCUAGAAGCAAAGUUGCCAAAUCAAUAAACACACAAAUGGGUACUUUGAUCUUCAGCAGGUUCGUGGAUUGGUUCCAAAGCAAGGUUUGGGGCAAGCAUUAAGUGUGUUCUCUGAAGAGCACACACCCCUGACAAACUAGACUGUUCUGCUCCUGCAGAGACUCUUUUCUUCUCAGCAACAGCCAGGAUACGUGAGGAAAAGAAAAAUCAAAGCCCUCAAGUCAGAAGACAUGCCCAGUGGAGUUCAUUAGUGCCAUCAGGACAGUGAUAAUUUGAAUGUUUUUUAUUACUUAUGCAGAAUUGCACAUAUUCCUUUAUCCUGACUCUAAUUUAUCAUGAAAGCUGUCGUGCUCUAGGAAGAUGUCUUAUUUGUAAAUAAGUCUUGUGAUUUUGUUACUGAUGGUGUUUUUAUCUAGGAUUUGAAAAACCAAGUUUCUUGGUGUACAUAGAUAAUGUAUAUAUCACCAAUAGCCCAAGGGGAAGAAGAUGCUGGACAAGGCCACCUAAAACGGCCUCGACUCAAAUACCACAAAGCAGAUACUUCUUCCUGCCUUUAUGUACCAGUGCCUAGGCCGUUCAGUCCAGAAAAAUCUAAUUACCUUCGACAAUAGGAUGCCCUUCCUUCAUGUUAUAAGUAGUCAAAGGACACAAUCAUACCUUAUAAAAGCCAGGCAGGAGCUAGCACACUGAGGCCCAUAAGCUAAACUCAGCACAUCGCCUGUUUCUGUACAGCCCACGAGCUAAGAAUGGUGUUUACAUUUUUGAAUGGUUGAGGAGAAAAAAAAAAAUAAUGUUUUGUGACACAUAAAAAUUACAGGAAAUUCAGAUUUCAGCAUCCAUAAAUAAAGUUUUAUGGGAACAA